CGAUUGGAGGUUUUAGCUGUACCUUUUACACCUUAUGAACUUUUUUCAAAUAAUAAAUGGUUAGCGUGAUGGUGGUCUCACUCUCAAAACCUCCCGAGUCCCUAAUCUCUCUCACCCCCUGUCCUCUCCCUUAACUCUGCUCUUCUCUUCGUGCUCUCUCUCAAACGAGAACCACUUUCAAAGUCUCCUUAUCUUCAACAUCCUUCAUCUUCUUCAACACGGUAAUGCAUUACGCCAGUGAUGUAUUUCACAUAAAAUAUAUUUCUAGAGAAAAUGGAAGAGAAAUCAAGAAAAGUGAUAAGAAAAGAAGCUAGGGCUCAAAAGCGAAAGAAUCGGUUCUCAUCAUGGAUAGAGCAUAAGACUUCUAGGAAAAUGAGUUUUGAAACAAACUCGUCGAAUACAGUUGAGAAGCCGCCUUUGAUUGUAUCAAGUAAAACUUCAAUUGGAGAUGAAACUUUGAUCAAACAACGGCCCUCAAAGAAAGCAAAUAUGAAUCAUGACUCUUCACAAAAACUCUCAAAUGAAAAUCAUGAUGGUAAAGCUGUGAAGAACACAGGGAACAACUCCAAAAGAAGUUUAAAAGUAAAGGAUAAGAAAUUAAAGAAAACCAAGAAGAAAAACACUGGGAAGUCCAAGACAAAGUUUGAACAGUAUCUUGAGAUGGACAUGAAUAAGGGGGUUUCAGCUGAAGAAGAUCUUGAGAUGGAGAGAAAGCUUGCGAAGAAAUUGAAGGUAAAUGAAGGCAAAUUACGAGGUGUUGAUGAUGGUAUGAAUGCAUUGAUUUUGGGGUUUCCUAAUGUUGAUGAUUUGACCGAUGGAGAAGAUGACAUCAAUGGUGAUGAAGAUAUCGACCUUCCUAAACAUGCUAAAGGGAAGAGAAAUGCGCUUUCCAUGAAUGCUCCAAAAACUUCAAUGGAUUUUUCUGAAAAGGAAAGUUUAGGAGCUGAAGAUGAGGAGGUAUCAUCUGAAGACCAAGAGAAGGUAUCUCGUGAUGACCUAGAUGAUACACUUAUGGAAGAAUUAUCAGGAGAAGAAGAUGAUAGGAACACAAAUGAAGGUAGUAUUGAUAUUUCUGAACUAGAAGGAUACGAAAAUAAUUCUUGUGAGCUAAAACCAUGUGCAACUGAGAGCCCAAAUGCAAGAUUGGUAAUUGAAGAGCCUAGUGCCAAAGAUGGGAAUGUGAAGUAUGUCGCACCCCAUUUGAGAUCUCGUGUGGAUGGUGAAUCCGAAGAUUUUUCUCAGAUCCGGCGCCAGGUAAGAGGUUUGCUGAACAAGCUUUCAGAGUCAAAUGUUGAGUCAAUCACUGGGGAUGUCUCGAACCUCUUUCAGUCUGUUGGUCGUAGUGCAGGCAGUCAGAUUGUUGGUGAUGAGCUCUUGAGUUCAUGUUCCAAAGGACCACGUGGCAAUGAACAGUAUGCAGCCAUUUUUGCAGCCUUUAUUGCAGGAAUGGCAUCAAUGGUUGGGAUCAACUUUGGUGCCAAGAUUCUUGCAUCAGUGGCUAGAUCUAUGGAGGAUGAAUAUUUGAAGGAUGAUGGUCUUUCUUUGCGAAAUCUCACCCUACUACUCUCGCAGCUAUGUAUUUUUGGUGUUUGUUCCUGUGACUUGAUAUAUGACCUGCUCUCUGUAUUGAGCAAACGGUUAACAGAGAUGGAUGUCUCCACAAUCUUGACUAUUCUAAAAUGUUGUGGUAUGAAACUUAGAGCCGAUGAUCCAGCUGCUAUGAAAGAUUUUGUCCUUGGUAUUCAGCAAAGAGUGCGUGAAAUUAAGUCUCUUUCUGAAAAGACCACAGAUGGUCAACCAAAGAUCAAUAGCAAAAGGAUGGAAUUUAUGCUUGAAACGAUAUGUGAUAUCAAAAACAACAAAAAGAGGACAAAAGAGGAUCCAGUUAAUCAUGCCAGGUUGAAGAAAUGGUUACAGAAAUUAAGAGUGGAAGAAAUCCAGCUUCGAGGGCUCAAAUGGGCCAAGCUCCUUGAUCCUUAUAAGAAGGGCCAAUGGUGGGUUUCUGGGGACAUUGUUACCAUUAAAGAUAAUGUUGCAGAGAUUGCAAGCACCAUUGACACUGAAGCCUUUGAAGUUCAUAAGUUGCUUCAGCUUGCAGCUGCACAAAGAAUGAACACAGAUGCAAGGAGAGCAAUCUUCUGUAUAAUCAUUAGUGGCGAAGAUUAUAUUGAUGCUUUUGAAAAGAUUCUAAGGCUCGAUUUGAAUGGGAAGCAGGAUAGAGAAAUCAUGCGCGUUCUCGUGGAGUGUUGCUUGCAAGAGAAGGUAUUCAACAAGUAUUACGCAGUCCUAGCCUCCAAGUUAUGCAACCAUGACAAGAACCACAAGUUUACUCUACAGUACUGCUUAUGGGACCAUUUCAAGCAACUGGAUUCCAUAGAGCUGAGAAGAUCCAUGAACCUUGCCCAUUUUGUGGCCGAGCUCCUGAGCACCUUCACCCUCUCUCUAGCCGUGCUCAAGUCAGUCGACUUCACUGAUCCCAACUCUCUAACCCCAAGACGAGUCAUGCAUUUCCGACUAUUCUUUGAAGCCCUCUUCGAGCACCCUGAUUCACUUGUGUGGAAUAUGUUUUCUCGAAUUGCAGGCACCCCUGAGCUCGAGGCACUUAGAAAUGGCAUUGAGCUUUUCAUAAAGCAGUGUGUUCUCAAGGUUCCAUCCUCAGAGGCUCAAUCACUUAAACUGAAAUUUAAGGUUGCCAAGAAGGCUUUGAACAAUGUAGCCGGGAUCCUUAUGUGAAUUUGGAUGAGUUUGCAUGUUUUAUUUUCUCAAAAAAUUAGAAAAAAAAUCAAUUGGGAGAGAGAAAAGGAAAACCGGAAGUCUAUCGUGUUGAGUGGAAUGGUGGCCUGUCUAGUGCUCCGUGAUUGGUUAUGUAAUAGGGUGACCUUUUUAUGAGGUGCACACUUUAUAAUGUACAAGUAAGGCCCACCUCUAAAUUUUGCCGGAAGAUAUAGUUUUGGUGCCGGAAA